ACGUCACGAUUCAGGAAGUAAACAUUGUCCAUCGACGACAAAAGAGGCACAGGUGUUUGUUUUAGGUUUAGAUGUUGAUCCUGGUUGUCUGAACCUUAGACGUCAGGUCCGGUUCUACAGAUGGCGUCUCUGGUCUGCACCCUGCAGGACCACCAGGACGAUGUCAACUGGUGCUCCUUCUCAGCCAARCUGUUGGCCACCUGCUCCGGGGACAAAACCGUCCGGGUCUACAGCACCCGGGACUUCUCWGAGCUGCCCUUCUCGCCGCUGACGGGUCACGGCUACAGCGUCCACUGCGUCUGCUUCAGCACCUGUGGGCAGUUCCUGGCCUCCUGCUCCACGGACGCCACCACGGUGGUUUGGUCCACRGUGACGGGCGACAUCGAGGCGGUCCUGGAGCACCCGGGCCGCAGCUCCGUCAGGAUCUGCGCCCUGUCUCCGGACUCUGUGCACCUGGUCUCCGGGGCUUCUGAUGGGACUUUGGCUCUGUGGGACUUCCCCUCCAARCGGCUGCUCAGAACCGGUGGAGUGAGCGACACCACCAUGGUGGCCUGCUCCUUCAGCCCCUGCAGUCAGAUCUUUGCCACCGGGUCCACCUACGGAGACCUUCGUUUGUGGGACCUGGACCUGAACCAGCUGGGAGCCGAGAAGAACGCCCACGACUUGGGGGUCUCCUGCUGCACCUUCGCUCCCAGCAUCCUGAGUGGUCAGAACCGUCAGUUUCAUCCUCUUCUGUGUCCUUCUUAUCAACCCUCAGAAGGUCUGAGUGGGCAAAUCUGUCGUUCGUUCGUUCCCUGGAAGCUGCAGCUCCUGAGCACGCUAACGGGUCAGUCGGCUCCGGUUCUCUGCUGCUCCUUCUCCUCAGAUGGUCGGCUGCUUGUGUCGGGAUCUGUGGAUAAAAGCGUUACGAUCUACGACGCUAAUAACGCAGUUCUGCUUCACACACUGACCCACCACGAGAGGUACGUGACGGCCUGCUGCUUCUCUCCUGUCUCCCCGCUGAUCGCCACGGGGUCGAUGGAUAAAUCUGUGAACAUCUGGAGGCUGGAGGACGGCUGCCGGGGAACCGAACAGAAAGGUGGAAAGUCGCUGCCCGAAGAAUCUGCACAAACAUCGAGUGAAGGACAAGCCUCGGCGAGCCGAUCGAAGCUGCUGGUGGCCGAUUGGUCGGAGGAGGACGUGUCGGAGUGGCUGGUGGAGGAGGGACUCCAGGGACUGGUGGACAGAUUCAAGGCCAACAACAUGGACGGGUCGGAGCUGCUCCGUCUCACCAAGGAGACGCUGGCGUCAGAGCUGGGUAUAGAGUCCGUGGGCCUGCGGGCUAAACUCCUGAGGAAGGUGGAGGAGCUGAAGAACGACUCAGUCUGUUCGGGGAUCCCCGACGAGUUUCUGUGUCCCAUCACCAGAGAGCUGAUGAAGGAGCCGGUUAUUGCUGCAGAUGGUUAUUCCUACGAACGAGAGGCCAUCCAGAUCUGGAUCAACACGAAGAACCGCUCCAGCCCUAUGACCAACCUGCCCUUACUGACCACACUGCUGACCCCCAACCACACCCUGAAGAUGGCCAUUAGUCGCUGGAAAACCAGCCACUAGCGUCCAAACCACCUUUGACCUGCUGAAAAUCUAACUGAAACGGGAAGUUUCAGGUGCAGGUACCUUCUCAGGCAGGUUCUUCAGUUAUACCGCAGUAAAUUAUUAAUUAGGAAACACUUUUUAUCUUGUUUUACAUAUCGACACUAAUAACAUCACACAGAGUUCAUCAGGAGCUGCAGACUGAUCAUUUCAAUUCUUACUUUCAACACUGGUGGUGGUGGGCACAGCUAGCCAAAAAUUAGCUUCACGAACCACUCAUCUGCUAAACAAGAAUCUUAACUAAACUGCUAAACAGAUUACAAAAUUAGUGGAAGCUAACGCUAACUGCUAAACAGAAUACAAAAAUCAGUGGAAGCUAACCGCUUAAACAGAUUACAAAAAUCGAUAGACACUAACCGCUAAAUAGAAUGCAAAAAUUGAUAGAGGCUAAGCUAACCGCUAAACAGAAUACAAAAAUCGAUAGAAGCUAACGCUAACCGCUAAGCAGAAUACAAAAAUUGGUGGAAGCUAACACUAACCGCUAAAUAGAAUUCAAAAAUUGAUAGAGGCUAAGCUAACCGCUAAACAGAAUACAAAAAUCGGUGGAAGCUAACGCUAACCACUAAAACAGAUUACAAAAUAAGUGGAAGCUAAUGCUAACCGCUUAAACAGAUUACAAAAAUCGAUAGAAGCUAACACUAACCGCUAAAUAGAAUACAAAAAUUGAUAGAAGCUAAAGCUAACCGCUAAACAGAAUACAAAAAUUGAUAGAAGCUAAAGCUAACCACUAAACAGAAUACAAAAAUCGAUAGAAGCUAACGCUAACCGCUAAGCAGAAUACAAAAAUUGGUGGAAGCUAACACUAACCGCUAAAUAGAAUACAAAAAUUGAUAGAAGCUAAAGCUAAACGCUAAACAGAAUACAAAAAUCGGUGGAAGCUAACGCUAACCGUUUAAACAGAUUACAAAAAUUGAUAGAAGCUAACGCUAACAGCUAAACAGAAUACAGAAAUUAGUGGAAGCUAACGCUAACCGCUAAAUAGAAUACAAAAAUUGGUGGAAGCUAACCGCUAAACAGAAUACAAAUUUUGGUAGAAGCUAAUGCUAAACAGAAUACAAAAAACGGUGGAAGCUAACGCCAACCGCUAAAACAGAUUACAAAAAUCGAUAGGAGCUAACGCUAACCGCUAAACAGAAUACAGAAAUUGGUGGAAGCUAACGCUAACCGCUAAACAGAAUACAAAUUUUGGUAGAAGCUAAUGCAAAACAGAUUACAAAAUUAGGGCAAGCUAAUGCUAAACAGAAUACAAAAAUCAGUGGAAGCUAACGCUAAACCUCUAAACAAAUUAUAGAAUUAGUAGAAACUAGUUCCACUAAUAACGGAGUAAUGGAACUGUGCCCACCACUGAUCAUUGGUGAUAAAUGUCCAUAUAGCGCAUAUAUUUAAUGAAUAUUAUUCUKCGUCUUAAGCUAGUAACUCCACUGUGAUAAGUUUUGUAUCAACAUUUUACAUAGAUUUUUUAUUUUAUUGAUUCAAAUGAGAAAAUGUUUUUAUUUUUUGAAGAAAUGUGCUUUAUUCCUCCUGUUCAGUGCCAGAAACUUGUAGAAUCAAUGCAGAAGUUCAGUAAAGCUACUGUGAACUAAUUACAACAUUUGGUUAUUUUAUAAACUUAAUAUAAAAAUGUUUAUAAGGCCAACAACAUGCCUUUAAUUGUAAUACCGUGGGUUGCCACUAGGCAGAUUUAUUCUCGCUGUUUGUGUGGCUAAAAUGCCACGUUUUUCUUUGCACAAGAUCCUGGCWGAAUGUUUUUCUUGCACCACAUAUCAUUUGAAUGGUCAGAACUUUAUUGAACUGCUCUCGUUUCACUUCAWCUGCUCCUCUGAGGAGCCGCUGGCCGAGGCUGUUUGAGAAUACAGUCGUCUUUACAAACAACUGUUCCAGCAAAACUUCUAAAGGUAAACUUAAAAUUUACAGUCAAAGAACUCAUGGAAAGAGAUGGAGCAGAGUAGAGGUGUCCCUACCAGACUCAAAUACCUUUGUUUUAUAAAAACACCCCAAUACUUUGGACCAGUACCACUUUCAUGAUUGAUGAUGUCRUUUCCUUUUCAAUGUUGCAAGUUGCCGAGGGCAAAAAUAAAAAAAUAUCUUUAGUUUGGAGAUAUUUGAAUAAAAACCAAGGUAAUGUUUGGACAGCAGGCUGUUUGCUUUGUUCUUUAAAUACUAAAUGUGUUUCUAAAGUCAUGYAAUAUUAAAGCACUAGACAAGACAAAACUAAGACAAAAAGCUGCAUAAUUUUGUUCUCAGUGCAGCUUGAUCCGCCCAUUUUCUACACAAGGUCCGCGUCAAACUUGAGCAAAGUAUUGUGUGAUUGGUCAAAAGUUCUGGGGAGUGUUUUUAUUAAUGCAGUAUAUACGGAAAAGUGUUCGGACAGCAAUGGCACCAUCUUGCUUCAACUACUCUGCUUCCAGAAUUUGUCUCUUUUGCGUCCAAACAUGGAAAGUUUUGAGGAACAGUUGUCAGAAAGUACAUCCAUUUAUUAUUACUAUACUGUACUGUACUGUACUGUCCAUAUACUUAAGAGUCAAAUCAUCAAAACCUCAAGAAGCUGGCACAGACUUUGUGCAUGAAGGAGUCUUAAAGCCACUCAUUUGUCGUGGGACAGAAGAAAACAACAAAAACUGGUCAGGCUUUGUUUGGUCAAACUUACCCUCCUUCAGCAAAUUCCAACAUUCAUUAAAAAGUCAGUAAUAACCAGAUAUUUCCAUAAAACCAGUGACAGUUGUUAUAGGUUGASUUGCAAAGAGCAUUUAUCUGUUCAUACACACUGUUCCUGAGUUAAACUGUGAAAGCAGUAAAUGUACAAAUGUAGUUCUCCAUUCUUGUUUUUCUUUAUUAAACCACACUUAUACUGUGGUAACAUUCUGUUUAUUGUAGUAUAAGUCUGUAAAGGGUAUAUGACAACUAUGAACAUAAUGCAAAUGUAAUAAUUCUUAAAUCCUACAUUCUGGAUCCAAUAAAAUCCAUAAACACUU